ACGUAACACCCCUACUAGAGUAGAAGCUUGAGUAGCAGAGACCGUCGUAGGGAGUGUCACGGCGUAACAUUUCAACUCAUACAUUACAUUAAUUGGUCCGGAAGUUAUACACAAUAUCAUUGAUACCAUGUGGUUCGUUUAACUUCGGUGAGUUAUUUAUUCAGCUAACUAAGCUAACUAACGAUUAGCACAGCGCAACCGUCAAAUCGGUCCUUCCACUGAGCUCUCGGAGAGGCGGAAGGGCAGGAGCCAUGACGAGUUUUGCCAGCCAAGUUUUUGCCAGGAUCGAUAUGUUUUGUCGUCCCCUCCCCAUGGUCCUCAACACCUUCCUGGUCUUCUCCAUCACCGGGGAGGUGAGCUACUUGGUGAUGGUGGAGGCUCCUCUUGAGGCGGACCAGAAGAAGACGGUGUGGUCCGCCUGGUGGAAGACGGUCCACCUGCUGGCUCAGUACUUCAUGCUGGGGAACAUCUGCUGGAACGCCCUGCUGUUCCUCAGGACCAGCCCCAGCAUCAGAGGGGUGUUCCUGGGGGGAGAAGGCAUGGGCCAAGGGUGGAGGUACUGUUAUACUUGUGAGACUCACACUCCUCCUCGGUGCUCCCACUGCUUCGACUGCAAAGUGUGUGUACUUCGGCGGGAUCACCACUGCGUGUUUUUCGGCCAGUGUGUGGGCUUCCGUAACUACCGUUACUUCCUGAGCUGCUUGUUAUUUAUGUGGUCAGGGCUGCUGUACGCCACUCUGAUGAAUGCAGAGGUCUUCAUUGUCAUAUUGAAGGAGGGUGUGACGAUGCACAGCGUCCUGCUGCUGCUCAUUCCCUGGAUCAUGCUAGUUUCAGGCCAGGUCUCAGCGCGUGCUUUUGGCUUCGCCUUCAUCGCCGAUACAUGCGUGGUGGGCUUCCUGCUGGUGUCCGCCUUCUUCUUCUUCCAUCUCAUCCUGAUGCUUCGGGGACAGACCACUAGGGAGUGGUACUCGACCCGCCGGCCCUACAGCCUCGGGCUCCGGGGGAACCUGCGUCACGCUCUGGGCCUUCGCUGGUACCUCUGCUGGCUCUGCCCUCUCAUCCCAUCACCUCUCCCUGGUGAUGGGAUAAACUUCCAGGUCACUGGAUCGCUGGAACCCAUCCGGUAACAGCCGAAACAGGCUGUGUGUCUUUGCUUUAGAGGUGAUGGUUAAUGUUAUCGGGAGCUGCAGCAGCAGGGAGGAUCACCUCUGUUGAAGAAGAGGUAGCUUGGGAUGGGAAGAAGUCAGAACAGUGUGGGGGUGCUAUGAUGUUACUGGGUAUAACUGUCUACCGGUAUCUUCUCCGUAGCCUUUACCUGUGCUGAGACAAGGAAAUUAUGGGUCUACUGUGCAAGGUACAUGGACCUUGAUUUAAAGGUAAUCUGUACACUCAUUGAGGCUUGCAUCAGAAUAUUAACACAGAAAUUUAUCAGUGUUCCUCUGGAAUACUGAGCACUGAAAGUGUAUGUAAACAACACUGAAAUGAGAAUGUAUUUUAUUGAUUGUGAAAAAUGUUUACUUUUAAAUCCUUCUUAACAAGCACUCACAACAGCUACCUAUGGGUAGUCAUUUAAAUUGUUAUUUUCUGUUGGUGUUUAUUUUGCCUUGAUCUAAAGGUCAUACAAAUUUGGCUUGCACUGUUCAUGAAUACUCCAUAGGAUUAUAAAUCUGCUGUUGUGCGUUAGCAGCUAGGACCAUGAUGUUCUUGUGCUUUCAACUUGUCUGCAUCCACUCCUGAUCACAUGGAGCCUUUUACUGGAUAUUGUUGCACCAAGUUAGACAAUGAGAGGGUUCACUAUGAUGGACGAUUAUGUGUAAGAAAACAAUCAACAGAAAUGUUACAUGUUGGGAAAUCUAGUGUUGCCUUUUACAUACAAAUGUAAAGUAAUCUAGUGAAUACACUGUUUAAAAUGUACCAGUAGACGGCACAUGUGAACAGCUUUUCCCCGUGUUUCACAUUAUGUUGUCCAUGUUUCAGUCAGUAAGGUACUACUACAACUUAACCAAACCUACAGUGUAACAACAUGAAGAGUCAUGUUCUGAUUCAAGCAACUGCAGUGUCACAAUUCACCACUACAAACGUAUUUUCAGUAUACACUGUUUAUAAUCUUUAUCCACUGUUUAUAACCUUUAUAUCAUCCUGUUAUUGCAGUAAUUAGUAUACAGAAAAUCAACAUCAAUCACUGUCUUGUACAAUAUGUUUGAUACAAUUCGUUGGAGAUUUUUUUCCAAAAAACCUGCUCUGAUUCAGUAAGUAAAAUGGAUUUGGGACACAGCUAACAUGUCUCACAGCUCUUGAUGCAAACUGGACUUCUGUUUCCUCAGAAGUUAACCUAAUUCUGUUGGCCUUAAAAUGUAGUGAAACAUUUCAAGCCUUUUGUUUGACAGGUGCUCUUACUUAACAUCCCAAAAAUAUUUUUUGUUUUAUUGUUAUUUGUCUGCUUAAAAUCUGCCUUUGUUGUGCUAUUUCUCAUGGGUCACACCAUAUUUGCCAUUUGAAUGUGCUGAUGUACAUUUUUUUUUUUUCAAGAGAAGUA